AAAUAGACCACCAAAGGCUUCUUCUUUUUCUUCCAGCCGCUUCCCCAUCUCGGCCUUUAUAUCGAAGAGAAGACCCAGCUGGCUUUCCUUGGAUUUUUCUAUCUUUCACGCUCCUUGCCAUCCCCACCAAAUUUCUUAGCAGAGCCCUGAAUUUCUUCCCUUCCGAGAUGGGUUUCCCUUUCUCGAAACAACCCUUCACUUCCUUCUCCUUCUUCUACUACUGUAUUUUGGCUGCUCUUUGUUUGGGGCUCUUCGUUUCGCCAUCAUCAUCAGCAGAUGUGACCAAUUUGAUCUUCAAGGGCUGCUCCGACCAGAAAUUCCAGGACCCAUCUGGGAUCUCGGCUCAAAACCUCAAGGACCUCUUCCAAUCCCUGGUGUCGCAGUCCGCACAGAAGCCCUACUCCACCGCCUCGUCCGGCGCCGGGGCUGCCGCCAUCAACGGGCUCUACCAAUGCAGGGGAGACCUCUCCACGGCCCAGUGCUACGACUGCGUCGGCCGGAUUCCGGACAAGUUCGACAGGCUCUGCGGCGGCGGGGCGCCGUCGGUGGCGGCCAGGGUCCAGCUCGCCGGCUGCUACCUCAAGUACGAGGUGGCCGGGUUCAAGCAGACCCCGGAGACCCAGCUUCUGUUCAAGGUGUGCGGGUCGACGACGGCCGCCGGAGAUGGGUUCCAGCAGAGGAGGGACGCCGCGCUGGAUGCGAUGGCGAACGGGCUGAAAUCGGGAGGCGGGAACGGGGUUUUCGCGACGGGGAGUUAUCAGUCGGUGUUCUACUUGGCGCAGUGCGAGGGGGAUUUGUCCGGCGGGGGAGGAGGAGAGUGCGGGAACUGCGUGAAGAGCGCGGUGGAGGCGGUGAAGACGCAGUGCGGCGGGUCAAUCGGCGGGCAGGCGUAUCUGAACAAGUGCUACGUUAGCUACACUUACUACCCCAACGGUGUACCGAUCAUCGAUAACACCUCAGGUGGAGGAGGAGGGAAGCCGCACACGGCGAGGACGGCGGCGAUAGUGGUGGGGGGAGUGGCGGCGGUGGGGUUUCUGGUGGCGUGCUUGUUGUGCGUGAAGUCGGCAUUGAAGAGGAAUCGUGGCGGCGGCGGUGGUGGUAAGCAUGGACACGGCGGCGGCGGAGGAGGGUGGAACUGACAGUGUUGGAGAAAUUUUCCUUUCACACUGCCCUUUUCUUCCCACAUAAAAUUGUUUAGUUAAUUAAUGAUUAACCAAGCAUAUUUUUCUGAUGUUUUGUUACAUAGUUUGAUGAUGAAAAAGCCUACAUCUGUUUAUAGACCAUGAAUGAAAUUUAAUUUUAGAUAUGAUAGUUACGGUUAGGGUUGGAAGUUUGGUACCGGUAUUUGGGAUAUACCGAAUACCGUACCGAAUUUGUCUAUAUUUGGUAUUACCGAAUACACGUAUUAUUUUGUGGGAUUGGGAUUGGG